GCUGGAAGAAAAGGGCCAUGAGUUGCACAGUGCUCUUCUCCACAGGCCAAAAUGUUUGUUGCCCCAUGACUCUGGUUCUUUGUCCUGUAUCAGUUGCCCUGAAAGCAUUGCCCAAGGCAACCCAGGCAUAAGCAAGAGAACACACGAGAUGUCCGUGGCAGGCAGGGACCUCCAUUCCCUCUAUCCAGACUGGAGCAUCUCCCCUGAGGAACCAAACAGCCAGAUGCCAAGUGCUUACUGGAGGUAUGUGAUUGCGAGGUUUAAUGAGAGGUUUGCAAAGGAAUACGAGCAGGAGCCGGCAGAGAUUCCUGAGGCGUGGGAGAAGAUCACUGAAGAGGAGGCAUUGUUCAGUCUGGGGAAGACCUUCCUCAGUGGACAAUACGAAUAUUAGGACUGCCCUGUGCUGUAUGCUGAUUUUAUUGUAAUACAUGUGACAUUUUAUUGAUCAAGGAUUCAUCUUGUUUAGUAUUGUUUUUUUGUAUUUUAUCUAUCAAGGAUGUUGAUGAUAAUGGUGGCCAGAUCAAAUGGAUCAAAUGUACCAUAUAUUCAAAACACUGAUAAUGAUAACUGAUUUGUUUUUAUUUCUUUCCUUUUGUUUUUUUAUAUUUUCCUUAAUAAGAUACAUCUCUGUAAGUUAACCAAAUUUCUUGUCUCAUCUUUUUUCCCCUUUAUAUCUAGCAGUGAUUCAGUGAAGUAUGCCAAAUGAACUUGUUCUGUGUUUUGAAAUGACCAACUAGAGUCAUCCAUAACUGUUAGCCUUUUGUUACAGACAUAUGAAUAUGAUGCCACAAUUUAACAACAAAGAUGUUACAAAAUUUAAGUGAAAGAAAUAUAAUAAAAAAAUUAAGUGAAUGA